UCAUGUCUAGCACACCAGGCAGACAUGGCAACAACCGGCGGCGGUAUCGUCAUACGAAAAAGCUGGUAGAGUGCCGCUUCGGAGCACGUUGCUCGCGCAGGCACAUGGGUAGCCACAGUGCAAAGUUCUCCCAUCCGUGUCCAAAGGGCAAUCGAUGCCGCAAGUUCCAGAUGGGCUCCAAGAGCCAUUGCUCUGCCUACACACAUCACGGCUCACAGGUUGCUGAUCGCUCUCUCCAUGAUGAUGAUAAUGAUGAUGAUGAUGAUGAUGAGCUUGUCUUGAACAAGAUCGAUGCGACAGAGAUCGAUGCUGGAGAGUCCGAAUCAUCGUCAACCGUGCUCGGCUUGGACAAGAAACGGUCUUGGCAACCCUCCGCCGGUGUCGGUUUAGCAGGCGGUGCAAGAAUCGUGGUGCUCGUCACUUUUCCAAGUUCUCCCAUCCGUGCCAAAGAGGGAUAGAGUGCACUGUCGAUCAUCCGGUCCAUCGCCAGAUGUACACCCACAUGUCGCCGCCAGCAAAGAGCGGCUGUCGUGCGGACCUGUAUGAUGUUGCUCCAAUCUUCUGUGUUUCAUGUGAGCGCUACAUGGAUCGUAAGGCCUUCCUGCCCAUCAAGAUCACGGACAAAGUCGACCAGCCGCGGAUAUGCAAGCCGUGCCUCAAGAACGGGCCAAGUUGGCGGACCGGACCCGAGAUCGCCGACGCUGUGGCCCGGCUGUGUGACAAUCUCCUGCCGCGCGCGCUGAAGGACACCAAUGUCGUUGUUGCCAACAUUGCCGGUACCGGCAUCGCGCAGCAGUCCUCAUUCUACGGUGACACCGAUCAGUACCCAGCCGGCAAUGCGCUAUCACGCAGCUCGGCUUAUUCCUCAACAGCUGCAAUGCCGAACUCAUCGUGGUUGCUUGGCUUCUCCAGCCCGGUCUUCUUUCACCGCAUCACCCUCGUCAACCGCAGCCGGUGCAAAGACCGGCUCCGCGACAUCACAGUCUCGAUUAGUACUGCCGACGGCAAGCAGGUGUGGAAAUCCGAGGUGCUCAACCCGGGCAACGAGCUUGGCUCGCCCGACCACAUUGUCGUGCCGGUCACUAGCGCUUGCGCCAUUGGAACAGUGCUUGUCGUCUCACGCGCGCCGGAUCCGGACCUUAUCGGCUGCGCCUCUGAAAACGGAAACGACGACGAUCGGUUUGUGCUCUCGUUGCGCCAGGUCAUUGUCAACGCCGUCGAGCCAGCACAACUGUUCGCCAAGGCGCGUGCCAUCGCUCGCGAUGAGGGGCUUGCUCGCAACGGCAGCUCGGUUGACCUGGGCCUGAUCGAGAAUCUCGCGAGCGGCUCGUCACCGCUCGCUGCCCUGGCCAAGCUGGUCGAGCUCGCCCAUUUGCCGCCAAGCCAGAUGGAGCUGGCGUCGCCCGAGCUCCGCCGCGAGGCCGAGGCUGCGCUGGCCGGCGAAGACUCCUUUGCUAAGGUGUUGUCCCCGUUUAAGGCGCGGAUGACUGCAUUGGCGUCGGAGCUCAAGGAGCGAGAGACGAGACUCGCAUGCCUCGAUGCCGCCAUCGAAGACCGUCUCGCGGAUGUCUGGCUUGCCGACAGUGCUAUCAUUGACGUCUCCUUUGUCGACCGGUCGGGCGCGGUUGUUGCCACCCUGGCAAUCCCGGCUAGCGAGACAUUUACCUCGCUCUACACGCUGUACUUUGGACAUAUGGCGCCCGAGACCCGCGGCUGGGCCGAGUAUGCCGAUGCUGGGCGGGGCGUCCAGCUCUCGUCGUAUCCGAUGCUCCUCGCAGUGCCUCCGCAGCCAAGCGGACGUUGCCUCCUCCACUCCGCGGCGACGGCGUCGGAGAAGGGCAAAGACGAGAGUGCUGCCAAUGAGAGGGUACCCCUUCAGUGGGACUCGGCAUUGGCGACACUCUUCCCGCACCAUGUUGCGCGGCUCGGCAUCGAGUUUGUGCACCUCGAUGUGGACGAUGAGAACGCGUUUUGCGUCGUGGCAUGCCGGCGGGCAAGCCCGCUCCCGUCGUCUCUAUGAUGGCCUCUGCUGGGGUGAAGAUUGAAUCGGUCACAGA